GUGAAAGGCAAGCAGAGGGCGGUCAUGCGGGGACCCAAAAGAGACAUCCGGACAUCGCCCUCUGCCAGCUGCGCCAGGAUCGAGCUCCUGGGAGGUCCAGCGGAGCGGCGCCUCGCGGGGGCCCAAAUGAGACGUCGCGGGCUGCACGACUGACGUCACUCCUGUGAGCUCCUAGCAUGCACACCUGAGCCAUCGUGGUGGAGGAAUGCGUGGCUGUUGCGAAACUGCCUCUCAUGCUUUGGGAAACGCGCAAGGCUGCAGGAUGUGCUGCGAGCUGCUCGUCACGACUGGCGCUUCUGGCGGGCGUCCAAAGGCCCGCUCCCGGGCUGCGCGCGCAACCACACGGCGCAGACAACGCUGGGCGGCGCCACAGGAGGAGGAGGAGGAGGAGGAGGAGGAGAAGACAAGUGGCGCACAGAGCGGUGGUGAAAUGACAUCAACAAAUCCAGGCGCAACGAGAUGCCCUCCAGGAGCGGCGGCACGCAACGAACAGGUCACGACUUACGGCCAGGCCGCAGAGACGCUGACCGGGUUUGGCGGUGGCCGUGACGCUUGCGCGGAGCGCCGUGCGUCCGUUCCAAGAAUUCCCGGCAAAAACACACCUCCAAACAGGGCGUCACGAUCCAAGAGCACAGUCUUGCUCGAUAAGUGUAACAUGCAGCAUUCAAACACACAAGGCAACUCGAGGACUUUGAGCCCGACUCCUCGAAAGUUGCAGCUUCGCCCACCCCAGUGAUCCGGUGUAGUGAUUUUUUCAAUACGAGGUCCCCCGAAGUCUCGAUCGAUUCC